AUGAAGAGAAAGCAUUUGCAUCAGUCCAAGCAUCCAUUUAAUGCACACCCUUUUGAGGCCUUAUGCUGCGGCUCUUGGCAAAGCGUGCAGUUCAUAGAAAUCAGGGAUGGGGCUAUGACUGUGCAUUUUGCCGAUAGUCAUCAUAAAAUCGAGGAGAAGGGUCCUUUCUCAAACGUUCGAGUGAAGUCGAGGAAAGCAACUUUAUCUGAUUGCACCUGCUUUCUGAGGCCUGGUAUUGAUGUUUGUGUGCUUUCAUCCUCUGAGCGUGCGAAGAGUUCAGAGGAGGAAAUUCAGAACCUAUUGCUGCUUGAAAGAGCUGCCAUUAAACUUUGCAGCAUAGUGUGGGUUGAUGCUAAGAUAAGUUCCAUCAAGCGGAAACCUCAUGAAUCUCAGUGCUCAUGCCAAUUUUUUGUUAACCUCUAUGUUAACCAAGGUCCUCUUGGUUCAGAGAGAGCAACACUCAGUAAAGAAACUGAAGCAGCUGGAAUCGACCAAAUUUCCAUCCUUCAGAAGCUUGACAAUGAUCCAUGUGAAGCAGACAACAACCGACUUGAAACUCAGUUUUACCGUUGGGAAUUCUGUGACGACUGUUCUUUAGUACAGAAAAGCAAACUCUUUUUGGGGAAGUUUUUAGCUGAUCUUACAUGGCUGCUUGCAGCAUCCGUUCUGAAGCUAGUUGCAUUUGAUGUAAGAUCAGUCCAAAAUAAAAUAAUCUACCAAAUUUUCGGCGGUGACGAUGAUCGCUGUUCACUAAAAGCUAAUGAUCACAUAAAUUGUGUAACUUUCAAAGUAAAAGAUGGUAUUUCAACCCCCUUUGUGGUCCAGUUGGAUCCCAUUGAUGCUUGUAGGGAUUCAGGCCCUAUCAGUGACACAAAUGGGACUGAACAAUCACCACACUAUGAUGUUAUGAAGUUGAGGCGGUCGAAGCGUCAAAAUGUACAACCCCAGCGUUUUCUUGCCUGUGAUACUCCUUCAGAGACAGAAAUUGGCUGGGUUAGAUCCCUGCCAUACACACCACUGAAAUGGAAGGAGGAAGAAGAAAUGCACUUACCACUGGCAUACCUGUUUGGUACACGUCCAGAUGCAAGUUUUGCAGAAGAGAAACCUGGCAAUGAAGUGCGAGUUAAUUCUCCUAAACUAUUCUUGGAAGGUCCACCAGUUUCCAGAACCAAGACUAACUCUAGAGAGAUUAAAUCAAAUGUGGUUAACAGAAGAAAGCACCAAACUGAGCUUGGAGAGGUUGAAUCAGGCACCGCUAACAGAAGAGAACGCCAAAAAUCAGGCACAGCUAACAGAAGAGAACGCCAAAAAUCAGGUCCGGCAUACCGAAGAAAAGACCAAACUCGACUUGGGGAUGCUAAAUCAGGCGUGGCUAACAGAAAAAAGCAUGGAACUCAAACUAGGGAGGUUAAAUUGAGUGUGGCUAACAGAAGAGAACACCAAGAUCAACUUGCUAUUGUUCCCGUGCCUACUGAAGAUGAUCUGGUAACCUUCGAACAAUUUGAUUCCCCUGUGAAAACUCCUGAAAAUUAUCCACAACAGUUGAUUGAAUUUCCAAUCAGUUCUUAUAGCAAAAAGGGUUCUCCUGCUGCACAAAGGAAGCAUAAUUUAGAUGAAGAUAUGAUGUUUGGAAGUGGAUGGGGUGGGAAAUCUUCUAGUAAGAAAGUUCAAAGAGCAAGAUACCAAUCCACGCAUUUAAAGAGAAAUAAUUCCUGCGAGCCAAUGGCUUUCAAGAGGACAGCCUUAAGUGCGGGUGCUUACAAUAAAAUCAUAAGUUCUUAUAUGAAGAACAUUGAUUCCACAAUCAAGUCAAAGGAGGCACCGGGCAUUAUUGACCAGUGGGAGGAGUUUAAAGCAAAACGAAGCUCAGAUUGGAAGGAGACAAUGGAACCAUCUUCAGUUGAGGAUGAUGGAGAAUGCUCAGAAACUGAAAUGUUGUGGAGAGAAAUGGAACUAUGCCUGGCAUCAGCAUAUAUUCUUGAAGAUAACGAGGCUCGAGUUUCCACUCAGACUACACAGAACUCAAGUGAAUAUUGCCAGCAUGAAUUCAAACUGGAUGAAGAAAUUGGGAUAUUAUGCCACAUAUGUGGCUUUGUGAAAACUGAAAUAAAAUAUGUUUCAGCACCAUUUAUGGGGCACACAGGCUGGACUGCAGAAAGUAAGCCACAGAAUGAAGAGGAAAUGAAGCUUAAGCCAGAUGAAGAUGAGGACUUGUAUCGUUUUGGCAAUCAUACUCCAGGUGAAGACGUGCCUUAUGAAGUGAACGACAAUGUGUGGGACUUAAUCCCUGAGCUCAGAGCGAAAUUACACAUGCACCAGAAAAAGGCUUUUGAGUUUCUGUGGCGGAACAUUGCUGGAUCCUUGGUGCCGGCACGUAUGGAAAAAGCAUCUAAGAAGAUAGGUGGUUGUGUUAUCUCUCAUACUCCUGGAGCUGGAAAAACUUUUCUUAUCAUUGCAUUCCUUGUCAGCUACUUGAAGUUGUUUCCGGGAAAACGGCCUCUGGUCCUUGCUCCAAAGACAACUCUCUAUACCUGGUACAAGGAAUUUAUCAAGUGGGAAAUUCCUGUUCCAGUUCAUCUUAUCCAUGGUACUAGAUCUUCUAGAGUCUUCAGGCAGACUCCAGUGGCGCUUCGAGGAUCAGGUACAAGGCCCAGCCGGGAUGUUGUGCAUAUUUUGGAUUGCCUGGAGAAAAUGCAAAAGUGGCAUGCACAACCAAGUGUGCUUGUCAUGGGCUAUACCUCCUUUCUGACAUUAAUGAGAGAAGAUUCAAAGUACAACCACAGAAAAUAUAUGGCUAGAGUGCUAAGAGAGAGUCCUGGAAUGUUGGUGCUAGAUGAAGGGCACAACCCAAGGAGUACUAAAUCAAGGUUGAGAAAGGUCUUGAUGAAAGUGGAAACAGAUCUGAGAAUAUUGCUUUCAGGUACUUUGUUUCAGAAUAAUUUCUGUGAAUAUUUCAACACCCUUUGCCUGGCAAGACCAAUGUUUAUCAGAGAAGUUCUGAAGGUAUUAGACCCGAAGUUUAAGAGGAAAAAGAAAGGGGCACAAAAACCACGCCAUUUGCUAGAAUCUCGUGCCAGAAAAUUCUUCAUAGAUAACAUUUCAAGCAAAAUCAAUUCGGACGAGGCUGAAGAGAAAAUGGAGGGUUUGAAUAUGCUGAGAAACAUGACUAAUGGAUUCAUUGACGUGUAUGAAGGCACAGCUUCUGACACCCUUCCAGGUCUACAGAUUUACACCAUCUUAAUGAAUCCAACAGAUAUACAACAUGAGAUUUUGGUGAAACUCCACAAAAUUAUGGAAAAAUGCCCUGGAUACCCCCUGGAAGUAGAGCUUUUGAUAACUUUAGCUUCGAUACAUCCUUCUUUGAUCAAUUCUUCUGUCUGUGUUAAAAAGUUCUAUGAACAGGAGGAAUUGAUAGAACUCGAGAAGUUAAGGUUUGAUUGCAAAAAGGGGUCCAAAGUGAUGUUUGUUUUGAAUCUUGUAUAUCGUGUAGUCAAGGAUGAGAAGGUUCUGAUCUUUUGCCACAACAUUGCACCCAUUAAAUUAUUUGUUGAAUUGUUUGAGAAUGUCUUUAGAUGGCAGCGGGGUAAAGAAAUUCUGGUUGUUACAGGGGACCUAGAGCUGUUUGAACGAGGAAGAGUGAUGGAUAAGUUUGAGGAAAUGGGAGGUCCUUCAAGGGUUCUUCUUGCAUCAAUUACAGCUUGUGCCGAGGGCAUAAGUUUGACAGCAGCUUCACGGGUAAUUCUAUUGGACUCAGAGUGGAAUCCUUCCAAGACAAAGCAGGCUAUUGCACGAGCCUUUCGGCCUGGUCAACAGAAGAUGGUUUAUGUGUAUCAGCUUCUAGCAACAGGCACAGUUGAGGAAGACAAGUAUUGUAGGACAGCAUGGAAGGAGUGGGUGUCACGCAUGAUAUUUAGCGAGGAGUUUGUGGAGGACCCUUCUCGUUGGCAAGCAGAAAAGAUUGAGGAUGAUGUAUUAAGGGAGAUAGUGGAGGAGGACCGGGUUAAGUCAUUCCAUAUGAUAAUGAAGAAUGAGAAGGCAUCGACAAGUUGA